AUGAGAGAGAGAGUAGAGAGAGAAGGAGCGGGGGGAGCGGAGAGAGUAAAUAGGGGAGGUGAUGGAGAUGGUUGGACUAAGGUAGGAAGUGCGCGCUACUCUAAGAGGAUGCAAUGGGAUAUCGUCCGCGGUUGUUCUCGGGUUCGUGGUGGGUCAACUACCACCUUCUUUUUCACUUCUUUUCCGGACAAGCUAGGUGCAAAGGAUUUGGUUCGCGUUUUUGGAGACUAUGGUCGUGUGGAUGAGGUGGUUAUUCUGGCACGGAGGAACAAGCAGGGUCGCAAAUUUGGUUUCGUUCGUUUCUUUGAAGUCUCUGAUGUUGACAUGUUGGCUCUGAAGUUGGAUAAGAUUUUUCUGGGCAAGCAAAAUCUGUUUGUGAACCUUCCUAGAUACCAUCGGCCUCACAGAGCACUGCAUGGGGUUCUCAAACCGAUGGUAGUUGCUUCGGAUCUUCAGGUUGAGGUGCGGCAGAAGGAGUUUCCAAGAGUAAGGGAUGGCAGAUCUUAUGUGGCUGCUGCCUUAGGGCGGUCUUCUUCUUCGGUGGUGCCUCCUCCUUAUCAGAUGGUUUUUGAUAAGGUUGAUGAAGGAGCCAUUUCUAGAUUCAGUAAAGCUUUCGUCGAUAAGGUUGUGAUGGCUGGUACUACCUAUGAUAUCCAAGAAGUGUUCGAUAUGGAAGGUUAUUUUGGGGUUAAGGUUACGCCGCUGGGGGCAAGAUUGUGCCUUUUAGAAGACCGUGGAGAAGGGGUGCUUGAGGAGCUUAUUGAUAGUGGAGCGUCAUGGUUGGAUAGAUGGUUUGUGGAGAUUAAGAGAUGGGAUCCGGGGGUCGUGGAUGAAGAACGGGUUACCUGGGUUCUACUAUUUGGCUUGUCGUGUCAUCUGUGGAACGAUGUUUUUUUCAAAUUUAUUUGCACUCCGUUUGGCUCUUUCCUCCGCCCUGAUGAUUUCACUAGUUGUCAUGCUAAGUUUGAUGUGGCCCGUUUGUUGAUCAGGACGUCGUGUGUUCCCUUGAUUAGCGAAUCCUUGAUGGUUAAAGCUGGUGGGCUUUUCCUUAGAUUAAGGGUGGUCGAAGACACCCAAGGCCCGUUUCCGUUCUAUGUCUCUAAAGGGAUGGAUGGUGAAGCUGAACGUGUUUCAUCGGAGGAGGAGGUGGAUGAUGAUAGUGUCGGUGUUGAAUAG